AUGGACUCUUUGACAGACGAACAGAAAAGUGUGCUUGACGAAUUUGUGGCCAUUACCAAUGUCUCGCUUGAAGACGAGGACAAGGCCGAAAAGAGUGUCAUUUUGCUCCAGAAUCACAGCUUCAACUUGAAUAAUGCUGUCCUAUCGUUCUUUGAAAGCGGCCUAGAUAACGUGCAGAGGAACCCAACACCCAUUGAGGAACCAACGCCGCUGGAUUCGCUGGCGUCAGGGUUUGAAAGAUUUGAAUCCAAUGCAGUGCAUAGAAAUCUACAUGACGAGUUUGUGCUAGAUCAUUUGUUGCCAAAGCUACCCAAGGCCCCAAAGAUCAGCAAUCACUGGCAAUUCGACCUCGGAAUCCACAUGUCUCGGAGAGCGUUGGCUGUUUCGGAAAAGACAGAGGCUGAAUCACCACCUGUGGUUCAGAAGAAGCCCUCUAUCUUGUGGAUCAUUCUCCUUAUUAUACCCAGGGCAUUUUCCAUGCUCUUUUCUUUCCUAAAAUUCAUGUUGGGCUGGAACUCAUCACCAUUGUAUAAAGCACUUCCCAGCCUGUUUAAUUGGGACACUUAUGAUGAGACUUAUGACAUAACAAGCAUCGCCGAGGGCAUUAACCCUACGGAGCUCCAUUUACGAACCACAGAUUUCAACAAAUGCCAUGAAGAGUCUCAAAAAGACUACAAAUUCUUGACAACCAUAUUGGUUGAUGACUCAUGCGUCGAAUUCGCUCGCCAAUUCGUACAAUCACCUCAUUUGAAACUGCUUCUAGACGAAUGUCCUGAUAACGAGAUCUACUUAGCCAACACUGACAAGAGUCCCGAGGCAUUUGAAGUAGCUCAAACUUACAAAAUUCGGAGACUUCCGUAUGUUAUGCUUGUGGGCAAUGUGACAAGAAACCCUCAGGUUAUGUCCUCGAUGUCUAUCAUCUUCAAAUCGAACAUCUUAUUCGAUAUUGAUGAUGAGCAACAACAAGUAGUGAACAAAGUUCUUCGCAGCUUGAAGAAGAGUGUGAAUCAUUUUAAUCCACAACUUGUCUCCAAGCGGUACGACAAACAGGAGAUGGAGUUGAGUCGACUUCUUAAGGAAAAACAAGACGAGGCUUAUCUUGAAUCUCUCGCACAAGACAGAGAAAAGAAGCAAGAGAAGCAAAGGAAGGAGGCGGAAGAGAGUCUGAAGAAGGAAUUGGAGCAGAUGAGAAAGAACUUCAUUCAGACGUUGGUGGAGAAGGCUUGGUUUGAAGAGCAAGCACAAGAAGCAACACCAAAGGAUCUGAUCAGAGUGUCAUUGAAGAUCCCCGAUGGUCGCCGUGUGAUUCAGAAGUUUCCUAAAAGCAUGCCUGUCGUGGCGCUCUAUCUCUUCGUUGAGACGCAACUCUCUCAGAGAGAGGAGAACGAGGCUUACGAGGAGUCGGAGUUGACGGUAGAAGAGUUCUGCGAAAAAUUCGACUUUAAUUUUGAGCUAUUCAAGCCAUUCCCGAAGGUAGUCUUGCCAUGUGAACAACAGACGAUUGAGGAGUUCAAUGGGUUGAAGCUGGGUGACAACAUCAUGGUGGAGUAUCUUGGGGAGAGUGAAGACGAAGAUGAGGCAUAG